AUGGUGGAGUACAUGCGACGUUUCUUGGACGCCCUUGGGCAUGAUGAUGUCCACACCUACGGCUCUCUGGAGAGCAGAACUCUUGUGCCAUAUCAAUGUGUAGUACUUCGAUCCCAGUGGACGCAAAUUCGCGAUUCCUUUCGCCAAGCCUUCCACUUUCAGAAAGCCGCUUAUCGCCGCGCCAAUGGAGGUACCAAUGCUCCCAGCAUUGUGGAAGACGUGCGUCCCCACUUGCUGGGGUCCGAAGCGCAUGCUACUUCCAGUGGGGGUUCGGAUUCUGCGGAGUCCGAUCAGUUGCCGACCGAAGUUUGCAAGUUGGUGGUGCGAAACACCUUCCUGGAAUUGGAUGAGGUGAAUCCAUGCCCCAAGAAUGCCAUGAGGCGAAGCAAAAGUGAAUCUGGUGACCUGUCAACCUUUUCUGUAUAG